AUAUUCGUCGCCAUUUUGAAAAACGCGUGUGUAGGUUUUUUCUUUGUCACUCAGUCAAUUACCAAGUAGACACCAGGUCUUAACAUGUCGAUGGAAAAAGGAAAAAUCUUUGUUGGAGGAUUAAGUUGGGAUACCGAUAAAGAUGCCCUUCAGUCAUAUUUUUCUCAGUAUGGUGAGGUUACAGAUUGUGUUGUUAUGAACAAUCCACAAACUGGAAAGUCAAGAGGAUUUGGAUUCGUUACUUUUAAAGAUCCAUCAGCAGUAGAUGUUAUAUUGGCUACCUCAAAACACACAAUUGAUGGAAGAAAUGUUGAUGCAAAAGCAUGCAGUGCAAGGGGCUCAGCAGGAAGUGCAGGAAAGGGCACAGGUCGUGGAGGAGGUGGGGGGAGUGGCUAUACUGGAAGAACUACAAAAAUAUUUGUUGGUGGCUUGCCUAAUGAUGCCAAUAAUGACAAUCUUAAGAGUUAUUUUUCCAGGUUUGGAGAGGUUGUUGAUGUAGUUAUUAUGUAUGAUGAGGAAAAGACCAGACCCAGAGGCUUUGGAUUUUUGACCUUCGACAGUGAAGAUGCAGUUGAGGCAGCAGUUAAAGAACACUUUAUGGACUUCAAUGGAAAAAAGAUUGAAUGCAAAAGAGCUGAACCCCGACAGGGAGGUGGUGGUGGUAGAGGUGGCAAAGCUAUGCAUGGUUCUUUCAAUGGUGAUCAAAGUUGGGGAGGCAUGGGUGAUGGUUCUAAUUGGAAUCAGUAUGGAUAUGGUCAACAACAAGGUUAUGGGGGAUAUGGUAAUCAAGGUUACGAUCAAAGCUGGGGGCAGCAAGGUUAUGGUGGUGCACAAGGAUACCCUCAGAACUGGGGUCAGCAAGGUUAUGGUGGUCAGGGUUAUGGACAGCAAGGAUAUGGACAACAGCAGGCCUGGGGUGGCCAGCAACCUAAUGGUCAAGGCCAAGGCUAUGGUGGCUACAGUGGUUCAGGAUUUAAUAAUUAUGGUGGUGGCCAAGGUCAAGGGCAAGGCUAUGGGGGCUACAGUGGUCAAGGAUUUAGUAAUUAUAGUGGAGGCAAUCAAGGUUAUACAGGCAGUGGAUCUCAAGAUGGAUAUGGUAAUGGAUAUCAACAGACACAAACACAGGGCAGGGCACCAAGCACUGGUGGUGGUAGCACAACUCAAGGAUACCAUCCAUACAAACGUUGAUAAUUUUUAAAGUUUUUAAAUAUGAUGAAUGGUUAUGUAUGAUAGUGCUACUGGGUGUAACUGAGAGUUUGUAUUUUUCAUUGUUGAAAUAAUGUAUUAUUUUGAAACCUGCCUGGCACUUUUUUAAGUUGUAACAUUUUUAAUGUUGUAUGUAUUUUGUGAAGUUCUUAAGAUAAUAAAUUUGCCCUUCUUCAGUCAAUUCACAAAACUUGAAGAGUACUCUGUACUUAAUGGACAACAGUACUCAAUAUCUGAGGAAUGUUUUGGACAAAUUUGACUCAUAGUUCAUUGUAAUGUUCAUACUGUAAAUUAGAGUUGGGCUAUUUUUGAAUGCUUUUUAUCCAAUAGUCCUCAAUUGUGGACCAUGCUUAUUGUGUGCCAGGAAAUGUCAUGUACAUAGUUAAAUAAAUAUUCAAAAUGAGUGGAA